GGUUCCCCCUGUCUUCCCUUCCCUCUUCUUCCAUCUUCCCCAUCCCACCAUCCGCACCUUCCCCACCAUCCCCAUCAGUUUGUUUUGUGUUGGAUGCAGACGAGCAACCCAACCGUGCAUGAACGAUUGCUCACAGACUCCCCUGUCUUCCCUCUCUUCCAUCUUCCCUCUGCUACCCAUCCAUCGCCCCCAUCAUCACCCCCACCGCCCCCAUCAGUUUGUGUUAGAUGCGGACGAGCUACCCAACGUGCCGGUGUACGGGGAACAGAUCAAGCAGUUCAUGGACUAUGUGCCUAAAGUCAGAGAGGACGAGAUAGCGGGGCCAGCAGCAGAGCGCUUCCUGGCGCCAGUGGUGCUGCCCAACAAGAUCAACCGCCUCUACAUCAAGUUUGGAGCCCCCAUCCGCACCGCCGGCAUGCGGGAUGUGUUGACAGACCAGCAGGCAGCAGCAGCGCUGUACGCACAUGUGAAGGGGGAAGUGAAAGCAGGGAUAGAGUACCUGCUGAGAAAGAGAGAGGAGGACCCAUAUGCCGACCUUGGGGCGAGAUUGUUGUACGAAGCCACGUGGGGGGGCGAGAGGCAAGCACCCACUUUCAAGCCCUGA